CCCAAACCAGACCAAACUGUUUAAAUUAUUUUUUUUUUUUAUUAACUCUUCGCAAGAAAAUUUACUAAAUUUAGCGAAAAUAAAGAAACAUUUUUAUGUCAAUUGCUGACCAAAAAAAGAUUGUUAUUUAGACAUCGUAUUACUCCAAUUGUUUAUUAAUUUUUUCAAUUUCAUCGUGAAAGUUUAUAAAGUUUUUUUUUUUUUAAACUAUAAAAAUAAAAUAGAAAAAAAUAUCUAUCGAAAUGCAGCGUCCUUUUACAUCUGGAAGUCGGCAAGCGCCCGAUCCCUUUGAUCAAUAUUUGGAAGAGAAUAAUUUCUAUCGCAAACAUACAGCUCGAGAUGCAUCCUGUCUGUUUAGAACCAUUUCGGAGCAAGUUUACGAUACUCAGCAAUAUCAUUUGACUAUUCGGAAGAAAUGUGUCAGUUAUAUGAGAAAACAUCGAUCGUAUUUUGAAUCGCAAGUUGAUAAAGAUUUAGAUGAAUAUCUUGAUGAUAUGUCGAAGCCAAAAAGUUAUGGAACUUUGAUUGAACUGCAGGCAGUUUCAUUUGUUUUCAAACGCAAUGUACUUCUCUUUGAGCCAUAUACACUCGGUAGUAAUUUCAGCUAUCGUCCAGAUUUUAGUGAUGUAUUCCGGGUUUUCUAUACUCCAGAGAGACAUUUCGAUUCGGUAUUUACUAGCGAUUACAUCAAAGAUGUUGCCAUUUGUCAAUCUAUUUGCUACGAAAUUCUCUACAAGGAUCUGUUUAAACUUCCCGACGUGACAUUUGCUGUCGAGCAAAUGUUGCAUUCCAGCUCACUAGAAACUUCAUCCUAUACCACCGAAUGCAAUGAAGAUGGCUAUUGCACCAAAAUCAUCAUCGAAGAUGGUCGUUCCUUUGAGUUUGAUUUGCCAGAAAAUACUCUUUGCAUAUUGGAAAAUCAUAGACUGUGUCAUUUUCAUAAUCCAAAUUUUCCAAGAUUCUCUGAGGAUUUGCAACGUGAAUUGAAAGAAACUAAAAAAGAAGACAACGAACAUAAAUUUUUAAGCAAAACUGUUGAUUCACUUUUGACUGAUAAGUAUAUUUCGUGUGUAAGGCAAUUGUUAUUGGAAGGUAUAACACCUUUUCCAUAUAAAGUUGCAAAAGCUCUUGAUCCAAAUAUGUAUAGAAACAUAGAAUUCGAUUCGUGGAACGAAGCUCGAAAGGAAUUGAAACUUCAGAAUUGGUAUAAUGGUGAUUCAAACUUUAAGUUGUACAAAUAUGAAAAAAGAAGAUUGCGCCGAAUCUUGCAGGUUGGUGCCAAGUGUCAUGUAAAAUUGCAGAAAUCCGAAAGUGACCUCUACACUUGCCAUAUUCAAGAGAUUGCUAUGGAAAAAGGAUAUUGUGUUGUUUUUAUUGAACAACUUGGUGAAAAGAGACUUGUCCCUUAUGACUCAUUGAAACCAUUGCCAGCUGAUCAAUUUAAACCCUGGUCACUGCCAUAUCAUCUACAACGUCACAUUCAAAAGUGUAACACUUAUCGCUAUUCGCGCCAGUUCAACUAUCGCUUCAAGGUUGACCAACAAUUUACCUCUCAAUACUGCUUAUCGAAUUUAAAAUCAUCUGAUGACUUCUAUGACAAUCCCAAACACAAGUCGGACUGUAUUUAUAAAUUAAAUCAAUUUACUCAUUUGGAGAACUUUCAAACCCAAACCAUGGAAUAUUGUACAAUGCCGUUGACAGUCGAACACUCUCGCGAUAUGACUGAUAGCAAAUUAUCGCACAGAAAUGAUUCUUCUCGAGCCCAAUCACGUUGCUCUGAUAUUCCAAAGACAGAUUGUGCAGGCGAGAAUUGUGGCGGAGGAGUGGUGUAUGAAAAUAAUCCUGAGCAACAGGAAGCAUCGCCAGAUGGGCCACAAGUAUACACAACAGCUGCAUACACAGAUGAAUAUUUAAGUUAUGGUUUUGAUCCGAGUAUCAUUCAAACUGGGCCGCAGGCUUUAAUACCAAAUGGUGGAGGUCCCAUGUACUAUAUGUACAAUGCUGGUUAUCCUCCUGCUGGCGGAAUGUAUAUGCCCGCACCUCCGCCACCCCAAAUGAUUGCUACAACGCAAAAUCAUGUUGGUUUCUGUCCACAAUAUUAUCAAGUGCCACAACCGAGCAGUGGCAGUGGCGGUUACAAUGGAACUCCAUCGAUUCAUCGACGUCAAUCAAACACCACCCCUUUGACUGGUCGUAUUAAUUUUGAUGUAAAAAAAUCAGUGAAAGCAAAUGGAUCAGAUUUGCCAGUUGAUGUUGCUACUUUGAGAUAUUUCUUCAAUUUGGGCUUGGAAUAUCAUCAGAAACUGUACAAAAAUAUUGAUUUAUCAAUUGACUCGAAGGAGGGCAUUUCUAAGGUGUCUCCUGAUAUGCAGCUCGCAAAACUUGAUGAAAAUGGCAAUGAUAUUGGGGUUAAACCAGACCCAAAUAACAAUAUCAAUCCAUCUAAAAACAACAACAAUAACAAUUAUUCUGGACAAAAUAAACAAAACAAUGGUCAACGUCGAUUCCCUUCGAGGUAUUUUAACAAUAAGGAACGCCAUAACAACUAUCGAUCGGCUCCACCAAAUAAUCGUUAUCAUCAAAAUGAUUAUAACAAUUCUGGUGGCGGUGGUAGUGGAGGUGCAAAUAAGGGACACAAAUCCAAUCCCAACCAUCAAUCGGCAGCCAAUAAUAAUUCUACACCGAAUUCACGAAAUGGAUCAUCGUCCAAUAACAUUCCUCGUCCUGGAAGUGCAGGAAAUUCACUGUCAGCACCAGAGUUUGUUAGCCAAGGAUCACCAAUGGUAACAUUUGGAACUGUCGAAAAUUGUGAUCUCAUGCAGACACCAACAACAUACAACGCAAAUGGACAAAUUGUUACCUCAUAUGUUGGUCCUUAUAUGCAGGAAUUUGAUCAACAACAACAUCCACAAGCAGUACAACAAUCCUCGUCAGGACUUUAUAUGCCAAUGCCUGUUGGGGCAUCUCCUUAUGGAAUUUAUGCGGCAGGUCCAUCUGGUCCACCAGUUGCAAUGCAUUCAACCGGUGGAUAUCCUUAUUUGAGUGGUCCUCCUCCGGCUGGUGUUCCAAUGCAUUCGCCAAGUCAUACUGGCAUGCCAGGACAAAAUCCAAUGGCACCAACUUAUUACGCUACUCCAGGUGCAGAAUCUGGUGGUCCGACUUUGGUAGAUGCUUCUGUGGAUCCAAAUCAUUAUCCCUGUGUUGGUUAUCCACCACCAGUUCAAUUUUAUUAUUCGCCAACUAAUGGAGUGCCAUCAUCCAAUAAUCAACCUGUGGGAUCACCUGGCUUAGGGCCACAGGGAUACUGGUGCAUUCCGCCACCAAUUCAAACUCAGCCAUCACCACAACCUGUUACAAUGUUGGCUUCCUGCAACCAACCCCAACCAUCAGGUAAUCGACGUGACAUUCCACCAAAACAACAAACACAACAUCCAUCCGGAGAACAGUAAAUUUAAUAAUUUUUUUUCAUUACUUUCUAUAAAAUGUAACAUCCAUACAUUUAGUAUUUACAUUUCUACCAUUUUUUUCCUCAUUAAUUUAUCUCUCAAAACUCAAAGUUAUAUUUAAAAAUUUCAAUUUAUUAGUCUUUGUUUUUUUUUAUAUAUUUUAGUUUAAACAUUUGUUCAAAUAGUUAUAUCAAUCUUUUGUCGCAUUCAAACAAUUUAAAGGUCCAUAAAUCGAUCAAGCUGCGCGUCUAUUUCAAGAUUUUAAAAUUAUUUAAAACUUUUUUUUUUUUAAACAAUUAUGCUUCUUUUUGAGUCUUUAAAUUGUUUGAAAUGCGCCUGAGAACCUAAUUUAUCGAAUAAUUUUUAGAAAGUAAUUUUAAAAUUUACAUUUUUAAAAAAUCCCCACCAUUCGGUAAUUGCUUUACACAGGUUGUAAGCUAUCACCGAACUUUCUCCUCGAUGUUUUUACAAAAACAAAUAUAUAACACAUAAGUUUAUUAAUAUUAUUAUACCUACUUUCCAAAUAUUAAAUAAAAUAUUUUUACUAAUUCAA